UUUGCCAAUUCAGGUUUCUUGGUAGUAAUAUACAUUUUUCUUGUAUAUAUGGAAGGAAACGUGUCGACAGCGCAUCAAGCCUUUGGCAUGGGCCCUUGUGGCCCCAAUCCAUCCCCAGCCCAUGGUCCUCAGCCGGGUCAAGGGCCCAGAAACCCUGGUCAUCCAGGAUCUUAUGGAGCUCCACACCCUGAGGACCAGAGCAGCCUUCCCCAGCCCCCACACCAUCACCAAAACCAGCAGCAACCCCAUCACCACAUCCAGCACAGCAGACCCUUCUUCUACGUGCAGCCCUCCCAGUUAUACCCCCCUCCUUCUCUGACCUACCCGUGGCCGAUGCCCGUGCCCUACAACCCAUACUGUGGCUACCCCGGACUGGGAGGUUAUGGCAUGAUGAUGCCAAACCCCUUCCAGCCCAGUACCUACGUAGAGCACCCGGGUUACGUUUUAGCCCACUCCCAGCUUCACCUGGCCGACUACAGGCGCAUGACCAACCCUCACUAUCAUGCCAGCCAUCACCCCCAGGCCAUGGCCUACCACGCUCGCAGGUUUCGCUACCAACACAGCGCAACUCAUGCCAGAGAGAUGAUAAACUCUGAGGUACAGACUGAUUCCCUGCCAGGUGCAGUGUGUUCAGACUCACAGCUCUCCAAAUUAACGGAGUCUUCACCUAUAAGUGGAGUUCAAACCAACUCUGAGUUUGGCAAGUCUAGCAGCUGUGCACAGCCCCUAUCCACGGUUGCUGCUGGUGAGGAGGUGAUUUCCAAAUCAGCUGGCUGCCAGGAUGUAGUUUCACCGACCCCCAACCCUGUCAAUGCCCGGUCUACUGCUUCCCAGAAGGGCAGCUUUUUAUUCCAGGCGGAGAUGGAGGAGGUGAGGAUCGAGUGCUGCAGCACCCUGACAGGCCUAAAGAUCCGUAAAUCUCAGUCCCAGGAGACUGGAGAACUGGCGGCCGCUGCCACCACCACCACCACCACCACUACCACCACCACCCAAUGUGUGUCUCACAGCAUGUCGGGAGCUGAUGGGGAAGUGAAGCUCCGCCCACAGUCCUCUCUCCACCCUCUGGAACAGAGCUCCAACCACCGGGAGGCCCACGGCAGGAGUCUGGAGGGGGAGGGGUUGAGGCCUUGUCUGGCCGAGGUCCAAGAGGAGCAAUGUGGACAAGCCUGUCCGAACCUCCUACAAGUAGGAAGGUCACCAUCCGCAGAGACAUCUCCCGCCAUCGUGAACAUGUCGCCGGGACAGCCGGGAACUUCUAGACCUGACAUGGAUCACAGGCUGGUUGUCCAAACGCACGGUACCGAUUCUCCUCAGUUGGCGAGGAGCGACGGACAGGAAGUGAGCAUGAACAUGCAGUACCUUGAGGAGCUGAGGAAGAUGGAGGUGUCCCUUUGGUCAGCGGAGUCUCUGGCACCAUACGUGCCCUCGUCGGAGUUAAUGAUCCGUCAGGGCCUGAUGUCCCUCCACAGGCAGACGCUGAGCCCUGUGGUGGAGGUCCCCCUGGCAGAGGAGGGCCCAGUGGUGCAGGAAGUCCCUGUCACUCUGCAAGUCCCUGGCGCGCAAGAGGUCCUUACUCCGGAGGAAGGGUUUCCCAAGGCGGUGCAGGGCCCUGUGGUGGAGGAAGUACUUACAGCAGAGGUCCCUAUGAACGAGGUGGUUCCCACGGCGGAGGUAAUCCCCAUGAUGGAGGAGCCGCUGUCUGCUAUAUACAGUCCUAACAUGGACGCUCUCACGUCACCAGAGAGCAGUAAGAGGGGUGCAGCGAGCGAUCUGGAUCACCAGGACACCUUUGAGGUGUUGCCCACGUACCUUCCCUCAGCCAGCUGGCUGGCCGACUUGGGCAAUGUGUACUACUACAGCAAGCUGCCUCGUAGUGUCGAAGAGCAGCCACAAAUCCUCCGAAUCAGCCCACUGAAGCCGCUGAGCCCCAAGGUGAACACUAACCUACAACAGGAGCCAAAAGAUCCUUGUGCCACAUUGACAACAGCACUAGGGAUAAAGGGAGAGGGAUGCAGCCUGAGGCAGAAGGUGGACAGGAAAAGUUACUCUGACCACGAGUGCUCCGCUAACCGAACGGUCAAUCAAAAUACACUGACCCCUGGUGGCCAGAAAAGGAACCGCAUCUGUGCCCGAUGUUUGACGACUACAAAGUGCAGAGCGAAGAAAAGGACGGACAGUCCAGGGUCGGACGUUCCCGUAGUUAAACGGCAAGGGGUUCUCAUCCCACCUUGGGAGGAGUCUGUCCUAGCCCAGACUUGUGCUGCCUGCAAAUCCCUCCCCCGGAGACAAGUAAUGAGGAAACGUUCCAGGUCAGAUGCUCCAGGGGGAUACAACGAAGAGACAAGUGAUGGCGAGACAUCUGAAAACAGUUCUUUUUGGGCAAGGCCAGGGGCGCCUAAACUGAGGGGCUCCAAAGACCUCAAGAGGCCCCUGGACUCGAGGUCUCAAUCCUCUAUGAAGAGCCACUCUGAGAAGUGUCCUGUGGCUCUGCAGUCCAAAUUGAGGGAGAAGAACUGUUCCUGCCAGGUGCCCCACCUUCGUCACGGACCCAUGACCGCCACGUGGGAAGGUCAAAGCCGGUCGCGGCGCCAUUCCCAUAGCAACUCGAUCCGUGAGCAAAAUGAGGAGAACCUUGGCGUGGCAGUCUCGGUCCAUCUUCAGGACAAGUGCCGGAACCAGGAUGGACUCCUGGACCGCCGUUACCUCACGGAAAAGAAAUUACAACAAGGUAACCGUAUGUUUGAACCGCUGGCAACGUUCCCUACAGAAAGGUUGUGGAGAGCCGACACGUCCGCCUCCGAUAACAUCCUGAGCAACCGGAACAUUCCCAGACCAAGAAGUUUGAAUCCACAGACACAACACGUUUCACAAGCACAAGGAAUGAACCGGAAAGACACAAGAUGUUGAUUUUUUUUCACAAGCACAUUUUUUCAACUAAAGCACUUUUUUUAUUCUACACCUUUUAGAAAUUGA